AUGGCCAGCAAUGACAGCUCUUCUGGAUCGCAGAAGCGGAGCAUUUCUCUGCGAACAACACUGAGAAGUCGCCGUAAGCGACUGGAAGAAGAAGGCAGUAGGAGCGAUGACGAGGCCGUAGCAAACGGUCCAGAUCAGCACCAGCGCCAGCAUUCUCCACGCCGCUGCAGUCCGAGAUCACGCCUCGACCCCUUCGCCGAAUCUGUAGUUAUUGAAAAUCCAAACACGGCUCCUCACACCAAUUCGUCUUUGCGCGGGCGCGCACCAAGGUCGAGUCUUUUCGCGCGUCAAGUCCCGUCAAGGGCAGGAACGGACUCGGCGAUCGGUUCACCAUCGCGCGUAGACCUUUCAUCGAUAAGAGCCGGUCCCGACACGGACGACGAGCCUGGACGGUCUCUAAACGGGCUCGGCUGCUCAUCAGCUUUGCAAGACGGUGUACUCGAGGAUAACCUACUUCGCAACCACGCGAACCCCAUCCUGCGUCGUAUACAUACUCGGUCUCAGGCCGCCAAUUCGCAGCCAGAGGCUUCAGCGCCACAAGGGUACCGUACAGACGCUGGACUUCUCGGGCACGCAUUCGACAACUUUGAUAGCGACAUUUCCGAUCGCGCGAGCCGUGCGAACACUUUCGAACGCUCGGGGGCUGCCUCUACAGACCCUUUCGGUCGGACAUAUCAUACAAUGGGUGGACCAUCUAAGCGAACAAGAGAAAGGUUCGAAGAUGCAGCUGGAAAAGACUUGUUGAACACUCUAAAGAAGCAAGGUGCAGUGACCGCAAUGAUUUACCAUGAUACAGUACCAGACUCUGAAGCGAACGAUAUCUGGCCUAAAUUUCGUAGCUCAGCAAAGCUACCCAUUCGGUACUCCAUGCUCGACACGAAUGGGAAUACGCCUGAAGUCGACGAGCUGAGUGGACGAGGACAGAAAACUAGCCAGAACAGGUACAACCUUCGCGGACGAGCGAAUUCAACCAGUGUAGAAAGUGAAUCUCAGAACGAAUCUGAUAAUCCUCCGCUCAGCAGAGGGCGUCCGUUUUGGCAGCUACCAGUGGAGCUUGUGGAACAGAUUAUUGAGCAUCUUAACCGCGAUGACAUCAAGUCUCUUCGUCUGGUAAGCCAUGAGUUGAACGAUUGCACCUCCCAAGCUGCAUUCAAGACAGUCGUAGUUCCCUUCAACAUGGAAAUCUAUGGCAUGUUAGGACAAGAACCGAAGCCUGAUCGAAAGGGCAAAAAAUGUGCGAGAAUUAGCAAACCAGAGUACUGGUGGAGGAACGGCAAUUGCGACGAAGCAUACGUUGGCCAUAGUCUUGACGUCUUCCGCGGGUUCGGAAGACACAUCGUCAGGUAUGCGAUGAGUUUUGAAGUAACAGAGACGUCUCUUUCCGCACCCCCUCUGAAGCCAGUCACCGAACAGAAGACUAGCUUCUGGGGCAAAUACGAGUGGCCAUUUGGAGAGUACCGACGAUUCGAUGCUAUCGCUGGUCUUGAGUCUGCAGCCGACGAAACGCCUCGGAUGAAAACGGCCUUUUCGGAGCUUACCAAGGUUAAAGAACUCGCACUCUCUAUCGAUAAUGGCCUCGGAUGGCUGAACGGCCCAGAUCGAUCUAUUCGCGCACAUAUCUUGCAAAAGCCGCCCAGCAUCUUCGGAUGUCGUCGAAAAGUCCCAGACCGUCGUGCACAAGCUCAGCAGGAGCUCUGGGACCACAUUGAUACCAUGCAUGCCCGUGUAGGAGAAGAUGUCCGAAUAGCAACGCUCUUUAAGCUUGAAGGCGGACGCCCGUUGAUACAAGCACAAGAGACUGGCCUGCUGGCUACAGUCCAACCAACGCUGCCCUUCUUGGAUGCUCACAUUGUGCACGAUGCUAAACCUCAAGAUAUAACCAACUCCGAUUUUUCAGAAACAUUCGGAGAUUCUGAUCUGUAUGAUCGCCACAUGCCGGGUCAACAUCUUACGAACGCUGGUGUGUUGUUUACUAGUACAACAUUGCAGCCCAGCGACGCUGCGCAGGUCGCAAGCUCGAUUACACCCGCUACUCUAUCAAAACUGCAGAGCGAAUGGCUCUUAGAAACAGAGUGGGCUCAACGCGCGUUCACAUCUUCCUAUAUGCUCUCCAUCCUUGACAAUCCAGCUACAUUUCACCAGGUACACACACUCAACAUCUCGAGCUUACCCGAUCGGUACAUCUCUAUGUUGAAUCGUGCAGACUUUUGGAAUGCGCUGCCGAACCUUAAGCAUGUCACCCUCAUGAUUGUACCCGGCUGGAGGACAGUGUACAAGGACGAGGCUGGCUUUGUUGACACAUCAGUAAUGGAUCCGACCGAACGAGUUGACAUUUUCUGCGAGCUUUUGCUUGCUCAGAUCGCUUCACGACCAACAAUUAAAAAGCUGACGAUCGGAUUCACUACCGGUGGCGAGCACGCAGAAGGAUUACAUGCCAGGAACAAGCUCCUGAUGCCAGCACCACUAUUGCCACUGGAAGCUCGUAUGCAUGCAGACCCGUUGCUUCCAACUGUAGAAACAGCUCUGGUACAAGAUGGCAAUAUACUUCAGCAAGCUCUAUUACGCUUUCCAUAUCUGGAAGAGUUUACGUUGCGUAAUUGUUGGAUCACCCCCUCUGCUCUUUUGGAGUUUGUCAAGAUACACGACAAAUACUGCUUGAAGCAUUUGAACAUGGAUUCCGUCUCGUUGACAGCAAUGCUUCGACCCAUCGGAAAUGCACAUGCCGCCCAGCAAGCAAAUCCUCAGAACGCAGCUGUAGCCCAGCAACUGGCAGUGACUUUAUUGCACUUCAACAAUAACAAUAACGGCGGUGGAAAUGCGGCUCAAGCGCAUCCUUUGCCAGCAAACAACCAAGUACUGAAUUCCUACAUUCAGUCAUUGAUCGUUCAGCUUCAGCAAAUGCAAGCCAAUGCAGGCGGCAUCCAGCAACAACAUAUCAAUGCCUUACAAAACCAACUGCAACAGCAAUUGCACAGUGCCCAGAUUGCGAACGCCCAGCCCCACAGAAGUAAUAGGUUGUCUUUGAGACAACAUUCAGUGCAGCAGCAUCCGCAAGCCCAGCAGCAGCUCAACAUCACCCAUAUGACACACCUUAACCAUCUCGCUACUCAAGUCAGUCUUAUGCAACAACUUGUUGCAGGCCAAGGUGCCCUCGUCGCCCCGUUCACAAACGCCCCAGCCGACGGCGCUCGCUCAGUCCUGCAGACGCGACCCCGCGAGGGUUCAUGGAUGGAAAUCAUUGACCAGAUUUCCCCCGGCACUAAUCUCUUUGACUUCGAGUCUCCGCACUCUCAGGCCAUCCCAACUCGCACCACGUCUCUUCAAUGUGUCUCCUUCAUCUCUUGCGGCUACGCAAAGUUACCCCAUCUCCACCCUGGAAUCGAUCAAUCCACCAUCGAAACAGGAAACGGUUUCGCUGCCGCUCUGCGCAAUCCUGUCUUCACAAAACGCUACAACGCACUCUCGCCUGCAAUGCUGAGCUCCAGGUGGCCGUACCUAGGUGAAAUCGUGCAGGAAGUUGACUCUAGUGAGCUCGCUGCCCUGGAAACGGCGUGGGAUUUAAGGCAUGGAUGGGAGGAUGUUGAAGCCGCGAGGGCCGUUGAGUUUGAUGGUCUGCUUAGUGGUGGUACAGGGAGGUUUUCUGGUAAAGUGCAGCUCUCGGACAGGGUCAAUACUGGGGCAAACUCUGCGAGUUAG